AUGCCUAAGUGUACGCGUCUGGGAUGUGGAAAGGAAUACAACGAGGAGGAUAAUAAAGAUAUGGUAUGCUCGUUCCAUCCGGGUGCACCGAAAUUCCACGAAGGACAAAAGUCCUGGACAUGCUGCGAGAAGACGAACAAGCCGGUGCUCAGCUUUGAAGAGUUCCAAGCGAUCCCCGGUUGUGCGCAUGGAACUCACACAUCUGAAAAAGUCGCUCCAGCUGCCCCGGUCGUAACAGCGCCCAGCGCGAACAAAACUGGUAUCGAGUCAGCGACCGCUGCUCUGUCUCUUGCUCCUUCCGCCCCUCCCGCGACUGGCGUUACCCCUCGAGCAACUACACCUGCCCCACCUGCAGAGAUAAUCGAAGACGAAGACGACCCUAGUGUGGCCGUAGCUCCUGGCACGUUGUGCAAGCGGCCCGGAUGCCGGAAACCGUUCGUAAGUGAUGAGGAGAGCAGGCAGGGAGAUGGAGAGGAUGCACAAUGCAAGUACCAUGCUAACCAGCCCCUGUUCCACGAGGGUAGCAAGGGAUACGUGUGCUGUAAGAAGCAUGUACUCGAUUUCGAUGACUUCCUUGCAAUUCCAGGGUGCAAGACUGGAAAGCAUGUGUUCGCACCCAAGGCACGAGCAGAUAAACCCACUGAAGAGAUUGUCAAAUCCCGUAUCGACCACUACCAGACCCCCACCGAAGUUCGUGUCUCGAUAUAUGCAAAACAAGCUGAUCAGUCGCGAAGCACUGUUGUACUUGAGACCGAUAAGAUCAUAAUAGACCUUUUCUUACCAGCUGGCAAGAGAGAUAAGCGGACCAUUGCGCUGUUUGGGACAAUCGAUACAACGGCAUCGUCUUACAAAUUCUACGGUACCAAGCUGGAUGUGAUACUUGCAAAGUCUGACAAUCGGAGCUGGAAUGCGCUCCAGGCCGAUACCGCAAUCCCAGAUGGGUAUCAGUUGACAUUUGGAGUUACCGGGCGUACUGGCACGGUGGGAGCCAAGGCCCCUGUCUUAGGCCAGGAGAAUCUGAGGUCGUAA